CAUUCAUAAACAUACAAUAUAAAUAAUUAAAUGAGCAGUGCUGUUACAAGGGCAGGUUAAAAGGUACUAGAUUUAACUUUUAAGGUAGUGGAAAGAAUUUUGGGGUUAAUAAAUAACUAAGAAUACCUAAUUAGAGGAGAAAAAGAGUGAAGCUUAUGAAUUAAACAAUUAUUUUUAAAUGGCUGAAAGAACAUUAAUUACAAUCAGCUAAUGUCAUUAAUGUAUAAUAAAAUGUAUAUGAAGAAUUAUAAAUACAAUACAAUCAAUGUGCUAUGAUAGUGACUAAAAUUUAUGAACAUGAAAUAGGAUCUAAUAAACUAAUUGCAAAUAAUCUUGUAAAAAUGUUCUAAAAGAUAUCUGAAUUACAUGGUGAAAAGGUGACACCCAUUUAUUAGUUGAAACUUGAAUUAAAGCCAUGGUUUGACACUAUGGAAUAGUUAAAGAUCUUAUUGGAAAGAUAUUAGGAAGAUAGAUUGAUAUAUGAUCAUUAUAAGUUAAAAAUGAAAGAGUUGUAAAAUAGUAAGGAUUCAGAUAAGAUCAAUAGAGUAUCAAUUAUUAAUUAAUAUAGAAUGAAAGAAAAUUAGAGAAAGCAACUACAGCUUACUAAAAUAUUUGUAUUGAUAUGAUUGGUAAAAUGGAUAACAUAAUCUCAAACAAAAUAAGGAUGAUGAAUGUUCUAUUAUCCUCAAUUAUUAGUAUAGAACAUGAUGUUUCUUCCCAAGAAAGCAAAUUAUAUCAUGAAUGUUUAGAUUUUGACAAAGAAUUUUCAAAUGGAAAUCAAACUAAAUCAGUUUAACCAGAAAAUUAAGAAUAGGAAAAUAACUUUAUUAACAAAACUAGAAAAUUAUUAAAUUUAUAACCUGCUUUAGAUAGUAAAUAAAAUGAAAAAUAACACCAAAUCAAACAACCAUAAUUUGGGGAAACGCCUACACCGAAUCCAGAUAAUGAUCCUUUUGAAGAUUUUAAUAGAGUUUCAGCUUAAUUUGCUGUAGAAUUAAAAGAUGAUUCUGAAUCACCAGCAUUGUGUAAGGAUUCUAGGACUUCUAAGUAAAACUAAUAAUAAAUGAGAUCAUAAAUUUAAUAAUAAUAAGAAUAAUUUUAUUAGACAAUUAAAAACUAAAGAAAGUAGUUAGAACAAUCUGAUAUUAAGCAAUCAAAUUAAACUGAUCUAAAUCAAGGAUUCCCAAAUCCAUUUGCAACACCAUAACAACAACAAUAAUAAUAAUAAUAAUAAUAAUAAUAAUAAUAAUAAUAAUAAUAAUAAUAAUAAUAAUAACAAUAAUAAUAAUAAUAAUAACAAUAAUAAUAAUAAUAAUAAUAAUAAUAAUAAUAACAAUAACAAUAAUAAUAAGAUUUUAGACUAAGCUAAUCUAUGGUUGUUUAAUCCAAUACAGGUUGGAAUCCUUUUGAUGAAGGUUAAAAUAAUCAACAAUCUUUUAAAAAAGGUAUUAGAAAUCCAUUUGAUGAUGAAGUUGAUGAUACCUAUGUUCAAUAAUAAUAAAUUCAAAAUCCAUAAUUACAAAUUCAUUCAUAAAUCCUAUCAUCUAGAUCUAAUAAUCCAUUUGCAAAUGAAACUAAUUAAUAAGUUCCUCCAAGAAUGUUUUAAACUUAUUAACCAAGCAAUCCAUUUGCUGAUCAUAGUAAUGAGUAUUAAAAGUAGCCAAAUUAAAAUAUAUCAAAGAAUCCUUUCAUUUGA